CAUCCCACUUCUCCUAAGGGACGCAAGUAGAAAUGUCCGCUUUCGGAACCUGCUUCGUGCCUUUCAGUUGACUUGCAACCCCUCGUUGAUGCAAGGCCCCACCGCGCGCCCCCUCACGCCGUUACACGACCACCACCUAUAUAAGGGACUGACCUCUCCCCCUACAAACCCACCCUUCCUACCCGUCUUUACUAAAAGUCCAUUUACCACUUCUAGCCAGGCCCCUCCCCCCAACGCGACUGCGACGAGGUACCACUAGCCAUCAUGUGCGGUGGAACAAACCUCGAGGACGUCGAGGUUCCCGUGGUGACGAGGAAGUUGACGGAGGCAACACCGUGGAUCGAGAAGAAGAAGCCCCGACAGAGCGAUGGUAAGGGCCGACAUUUCACGCGUCUUCGUGGGCUUAGGGGACUCGGGCUAGAUGAUGACGAGGAGGACUUCGAGGCCGACUUCAAGGAGUUUCAGGCCAACUCCUGGGACUCCGACCAGGAGCUCGAGCGCGAUGGGGUGGGUGAGAAGGAUGAUGACGACGAGGUCGUCGAGAUCAAGCCAUUUUCCAUCGUCAAGAGGUCCCUCUCCCAAGAUGACUUAAGCACCAUGAGUACUUUUGGUUUUGAUGGUCCUUCAGAAAGGCCAGCAAAAAGGAAGAGAAAGAACCAAUUCAGGGGUACCCGUCAGCGCCCCUGGGGUAAGUGGGCUGCUGAAAUCAGAGAUCCUAGCAAGGGUGUUCGUCUCUGGCUUGGUACUUUCAGGAGUGCUGAAGAAGCCGCAAGAGCUUAUGAUGUUGCAGCACGCAGGAUCCAUGGCAAGAAGGCCAAGGUUAACUUUCCAGAGGAACCAGCAGUUCAGGAACCUACCGUCAUACCAGCACUCAACAACCUUGCCAACCCAAAUGAUUUCAUCUACCCAUCUGUUGACUUUGCAUCAAACCAGCCACUUGUUCAGACUGCUAACAUGCCAUUUGUUCCUGAAAUGAACUUUGUUGCCCCUGUUCAAGCUCCUGUUAUGAAUAUGUACUCUGACCAGGGAAGCAACACUUUUGGCUGCUUUGACUUGGGCAGGCAGUAUACCAUCAAGACUCCCGUUUCCACCAUUGCUGAAGGAGCAGAAUCUGCACUUGUGCAAAGUAACACCUACAAUCCAGUGGUGAUUGCUGAAGGAGCUGAAUCUGCGUUUGUCCAGAGUAACACCUACAACUCAGUGGCGCCUCCCGUUAUGAAGAGUGAUGGUGUCGAUUUUGACGCUUGGAUGAGGUUCUUUUUGGAUGAUGACGUGGAUGAGCCGAUUGAUAGCCUUGUGAAUUUUGAUGUGCUUCAGGAUGUCCUCGGCGACAUGGAUCUUUGGAACUUUGAUGACAUGCCCAUCUGUGGCUAAUUUUUCUGAUGGAUUCAAACCCAUGUAUACCGGGACAAAAAGGGAAAAAGACUAUGGAAGAUUGGGAAACAUCCUAUUGUCACCUUCGGCCGGCAUGUGCUUAUGUCCAAGUUUAGAUGCAAAAAAGUCGCAUCCUGAGUCUCCUUUGUAAUCGAUCCUUUCCCUAGUUGACUGUCUGUGUGGCAGUCAUUUAUGUUUAUGAUGAACUGUUGUCUUUAUCUUUGGUCAACUUUGAUGUCGUCGCUACCAUUUCUGAAUAUGAACAACAUGGAUCUGUGUCCAGUUUGCUUUAA